CAGCUAAACCUCACUGCGUCCAUUUGUACAAAAACCUCCAAAAAGCUCACAGCACAGACAGCAGAAAUAAACGCCCAUCUCUCACCGCCACCGAGCUUUUUCACACAGGAAUAAGCUCCAACACUUUCCCAUCGAGUGUAUAUGCAUCGACUUUUCCGGUUCAGCCAUCGCCGGUAAUUUCAAACUCUAAACAACACAUUCCAUAUUUGUGAUGCUUUCCUUCUCCCGUCAGUCCUCACCGGAACCCUACAUCAGAAGACCCAAAUUUCCACCGGACAAUGUCCUUUCUCGCAAGAGCUCUUUUAUCUCGCUUAAUUCUAUCCUCGCGCAUUCGUACUUUACUCAAUCCCGCGCACGGCUCCUUCUUUCCAUCUUCUCCGUCCAGAUCAUUCUCCUCCUUGCCCUCCGCUCAAUUCCUCUCUCUUUUCCUCACCGCCGUUUCCAUUUCCGCUCUCCAUACAUCGCUCACCUUGAUGCGAACGUUUCCACCGACACAGUCAUCAAUAUCAGCCCGAAUACAGUAAAAAUUGAAGAUCAUGAAUGUGGAUCAGGCAGAAUCUUUGUCUACGAUCUCCCCAGUAGGUUCAACACUGAUUUGAUUAGAAAUUGCGACGAGUUAAACCCAUGGAGUUCCAGGUGUGAUGCGUUGGCGAAUGACGGUUUUGGCCAGAAAGCCACCGGGCUUUCUCCGCUUGUUCCAAAAAAUUUGGCUCCCGCCUGGUACUGGACCGAUCAAUUCGUCUCGGAGAUUAUCUUCCACAAUCGGAUUUUGAAGCACAAUUGCAGGACCACAGAGCCAAACAAUGCGACCGCUUUUUACAUUCCAUUUUAUGCAGGACUUGCCGUCGGUAAAUUUUUGUGGAAUAAUUACACUGCCAAAGACCGCGAUAGGCACUGCGAGAUGAUGCUGUCAUGGGUUCAAGAUCAACCAUACUACAAGAAAUCAAACGGAUGGGAUCACUUCAUUACCAUGGGGCGUAUCUCGUGGGAUUUUCGACGGUCGAAGGAUAGGGACUGGGGUUCGAGCUGCAUUUACUCGCGAGGUAUGAGAAACAUUACCCGCCUCUUGAUUGAGCGAAAUCCAUGGGAUUAUUUCGACGUUGGUGUGCCAUACCCCACCGGGUUCCACCCCCGAUCGGACUCUGAUAUCCUGCAGUGGCAGGAGUUCGUGCGUAACCGGAACCGCACGAAACUUUUCUGCUUCGCCGGCGCGAAACGUGGCGCUAUUGAAAACGAUUUCAGGGGUCUGUUGCUAAGCCACUGCCAGAAUGAGUCGGAGUCGUGCCGAGUCGUAGAUUGUGCUGGGACUCGGUGUUCAAACGGUACCUCUGUGAUACUGGAAACGUUUUUGGAUUCGCAUUUUUGUCUGCAGCCGAGAGGCGAUAGUUUCAGCCGCAGGUCUAUCUUCGAUUGCAUGAUAGCGGGUUCUAUUCCGGUUUUCUUCUGGAAAAGAACCGCUUAUUACCAGUACGAGUGGUUCUUACCGGGCGAACCGGAGAGUUACUCGGUUUUUAUACAUCGGAAUGAGGUAAAAAAUGGGACUUCCAUACGGAAAGUGCUCGAGAGUUACAGCAAAGAAGAUGUAAGGAAAAUGAGAGAGAAAGUGAUUGAUUAUAUACCCAAAUUUGUAUAUGCUAGAGGCCAUGAAGGUUUAGAGAGCAUAAAGGAUGCCUUUGAUGUCGCCAUAGAUGGGAUAUUGAAGAGAUUCAAGGAGCAAGAGGAUUGGGAAUACAAAUGGUAGUAAGACAGUAAAGAUGAGGGUAAAUUGGGGUAUAAGUCCCUCUUUUCUGAAGCAGAUAAGGGGUGUUAUAUGUAAAAUGCACUUGUAUUCAUGAUUUAGUACCACAUUUCAGAGUGCAGGUUGUUGGCUUGGUUAAUUUUAUUACUCAUCAACAAAGUAGAUCAAGCGUCCCCACCCACCAGUUGGCCAUUGGUGUUUGGAUAGCAAACUGCGGUGGAGGCUAUAAUAUAAAUGUGGCUUUGGUUUGAUGCAUUGCUGUGAUCAGUAGUUCAGUACCCCCUGAUAUCAGACAAAUCAGAAACUGGUUAUGUACAAAAAUAAUGUAUACGUGGUAAUGAAAAUUUUAUUUUCAUUUUC